AAGGAGGAAGGAAUAAUAAUCAAACCGAGAGACGUGCUUCCUGCUAGACUCAGCAAUGGAUGUCAGUCGCUGCGUUAAAACGCCUCGGGAAUGGCUCGGUGUGCUCUGCGCGCUGUUUUUGCUCACCGAGUCGGUUGUGUGUGACGGUGCAAACGGGAAGAAGGAGCAGGAGUGUUAUAAUUACGCCGGAGGACACGUUUAUCCAGGAGAGGCUUUCCGCGUUCCCGUGUCUGAUCAUUCCUUACACCUGAGCAAAGCCAAAAUCUCAAAACCAGCACCACACUGGGAAGGAACAGCAGUGAUCAAUGGAGAGUUUAAAGAGCUGAAACUGUCAGAUUACAAAGGAAAAUACCUGGUGUUCUUCUUCUACCCUCUGGACUUCACGUUUGUGUGUCCGACUGAGAUCAUCGCCUUCAGUGAUCGUGUGCACGAGUUUCAGGCCAUUAAUGCAGAGGUGGUCGCUUGCUCAGUGGACUCUCAGUUUACUCAUCUGGCCUGGUGA